AUGCGCUCGCCGCAGGGCAUGUCCACCAUGACCGUGCCCGCCGAGUCGAACGUCCGAGAUAAAGAGGGGGACCAUGCCUGGUACACAGGCGUGGACUUGCAAUGGCGCUCACCCCCGCCAACGCAUGUCAACGGGAACGGGAUGAACAGCGGAAACGGAAGCGUCGGGACCAACGGCAGUGUUAGUUAUGGAAUGAGCGGUACCAAUGGUGCACACGGCAGUCGCAAGAGAGCGUGGGAGGAAGUCGCCACGCCGGUGCACGAGACUGCCCAAAACGUGAACUGGAGCAAUGGAUUUGAAUUCCAGCGUCCCGGCCCUCCUUUCGACGCUACAACGAACUACUCCUCGCAAAAUGGAGCGUCAAGUACGACGCUGGACAACGCCGAAGACGAUGUGGAGGAGAUCCCGCGGACGAAGAUGCAGACCGGCUGCAUACCUUGCUUAAUUAAAGGCAUCAAAUGCGACCCCAGCAAUCCAGACUGCAGGAGCACCGCAAUAUCAGACGAUUGGGCUAUCAACGCUGGCACCCGGACGGGAGAAGACGAGGACGGCGUUUUCUAUCCCGACUCGCUGACACUAUUCCGACCAGAUACCAAAUGGCGGCGAAGCUGGCGCGAGCGACAUUGCCUCAAUUUCUUUGUCAAUUUCAGCGCCCCCCAAAUGGCUGGCUUCUUCGACUCGGCCUUCUGGCAGCGAAUGGUGAUUCAAACCUCAUAUCACGAACCUGCCAUCAGGCAUGCCAUUACUGCCAUUGGAGCCUUGCACGAAUGCAUCAUGCAGCGCGCAUUCGCUGAUGACAAGCAAAAGGCGAAAGCCAUGGAAUUCGCCCUCAACCAAUGCAACAAGGCCAUUGCCUGCUUAACUGCGGAGGAAGGUUACGAACAGGACCCUAACAGACGACGUAUUCCCAGUUCACGCCUCGCCUUGACCACAUGCGUCCUAUUCACUUGCUUCGAGGCUAUGCAAGGUCGAUGCGAUAGUGCUGUCAAUCAUGCUUUACAAGGAAGGCGCCUCAUGCAGUCAACGGGUCGAGCGGCAAUCACGAGCAUGUCUCCAGCUGAAGAGGACGACAUCGAGCAGAUGCGCCCGCUCGUGGAACGACUAGAAGUUCAAGCCACCGCACUCCUCGACAAGGGACGAAGGCCAGAAAUCGACACAUCUGGACAAACACCUCCUCUCCCGCCUAUCGACUACAUCUUCAGCUUGGAACAUGCCCAUAACACACUGCACACUGCACUGAAUAGUGUCAUGCGUUUCAUGCAGGGCUUCCACCCUACAGCGCCGCGUGACCACAUCGCAGUGACCAUGGCUGAGAAAUAUCUCCGCUAUGCGCCAUGGUUCUCACAGUGGGAGCAGGCCUUUACCGCAUUCUUAUCGGACCAGCGCGAUUACAUGUCCAACAUGGAUCUCAAGCGUGCGAUGGUGCUCAAAGCCAAUCACCUCGUGGGCACCAUGUUGGCAUCAGUCGAUCAAUCCGCAGGCCCUGUCGCGUAUGACGCAUACGAAGCAGAAUUCCGAGCGAUCGUGGACCUGGCACGAGAAGUGUUGGCGUCUUUCUCAUGCCCACCACUUCCGACACUAUCAGGGCCGAACUCGGGCACGCCUUAUUUGUCAUUCUCCCUCUGGGUCACGGAUCCGUUAUGGAUGGCCAUUUCGCGUUGUCGCAAUCCUACAAUCCGUCAAUCUGCUUUUACGUUGCUCUCACGCAAUCCGCGUCAAGAAGGUAUCUGGCAUGCUGGACCGCAGUUGCCGAAUUCGAGUCAGUAUAUGAGAAGAGUUGAGACUGGCUCAUCAGGCAGACCAGCGGAAUCUGUAAGAGGUCCCGAUCCUCCAUCAAACGGAGGAGACCGGCUAAAGAUUGUCAGACACGAGCGGGAUCAAGAUGACCCUACGAUUUCCCCAAAUGACAACCGAAGUGGAUCUGAAUGGGUCAAGUUGCGCAAUCAGGUUGAUGAAUGGACGGAAGAAAGCAAUCAACUCGUUCAAAGUGAAUGGCUCGCUCGAGGGGGUAACAAUCGCCCAACUGUGAGGUACGAAACGCACUGCAGAGGCAGGUGUUGCAUUCCGACCCUCGAGGAAAUCAGACCUGAUAGACAGGACCCCGGUGAUCUCCUCGUGAUUGCUGAAGACCCGCCAGCAAAGAGCGGCACAGCCUGGACAGUUGCGAGCUCGCAGCACUCAGCGUCUCCGUCAACAGGCACACAGCACGCGGAAAGUGGCAGCUGUAUGUGCUCUCCCGCGUGCGCAUGUCGCUCGUAACGAAUGCGAUACGCGGAAGCUGUGCAAGUGUUUGCGUGGACCAGUCCAACUUCGUGAUCCAG